CACCAACGGGAAAAAAGAAGGGAAGGGAAAGUUGAGGGAGAAAAGUGCUCAGUUUCUCCUCGACUUUGGUCUGACGUCCACGCAUUACAACACAACCACAAGUCUAACGUAGGCGUCUCCAAUUGCCCCCGCAUAAAGCAACUGCUUCUGUGCAUAGGUUAUUCCAUUAAUUAGAAACGCUAUAAAACUUAAUAAUAAAAUACAUGUAGAACAAGUCCUAAAAAGCAAGCUGACGUAUAAAAGUAUUUAGAAUAGUAUUAUUAAAGUGACAAAGUUUUUUUUAUAUUUUCUGAAAAUUGCCGUCCAUGACUGGAUAAAAACUGAAUCAGAAGCAUAGAAAUUCAAUUAAUAGGCACGCUUUUGUCCACUGAUAUGCAUACAUCCUCUGACACUGAUCAUCUGUAGUCGAGCCACCUUGAACUCUGCUCUCACAUACGCGACAACUAAAUAUAUUGUGAAAUCAUUUCCUCUCUUCAUUAGCGUGGCAUUUUUUUCAAAGUCAAGCUCACUACAUAUUGCAGUAGGAGUUACUCACUGAUAACCCUUGGUUGACUCGACAAUCUCUCUACUGAAUGGUACAUAAACUAAAACUAAAACUCCACGAAUUUGUAAGUGUCUCACGAUCCGUUUAUUGCUAAAAAUUGCAAAACAAAUUAAGCACUUUGACUCAAUAAGAGUUAACAACUCUAUAAAUCCGAAAUAAAGAAAGUGAACAAAUUAAUUGUGCAUUCGCUGCUUGUUGUUUGCAGUAAAGUGCAGUGAUUCAACUUGUUGGGUUCUGUGAUCCGGAUUGUGUGAAAGGAAACAUACCGUUGUCGGUGGUGCCUAGGGCGUGUUUUCCUUGUUGAAUGUUAGCAGAUGAUGAAAUGAAUUGAAUGAUGAAGUCAAUUAAGGAGUUGGGGAUUAUCCUCUUCAUUAUUGGAUCAGUCGUGGGGAAGCUUCGUCUAUCAAGAGUGAUGGUCCCCCCGUUUAAGAUGAAGAAUGAAAAUGCUACCCUCGAGUGUCCAUUCGAGCUAGGAACGGACAGACUUUAUGCUAUCAAGUGGUACAAAGAUAACGAAGAAUUUUUCAGAUAUGUUCCUCGCUAUAGGCCUCCCAUACACACUCAUCACCUGGCAGGCGUCUCAGUUUCCAUGGAGGGCUCUGACCAGAAAUUCGUUACCUUGCGUCACCUAGAUUUACGAUCGACAGGAACAUAUCGAUGUGAGGUGUCUGCAGAAGGACCCUCAUUUGCGUCAGUUUCGGGAGAAGGAAAAAUGACGGUUAUCCAUUUACCGGAGCAUGGACCUCAGAUAACGGGAAAGAUUCAGGAAGAGUAUGAAAACGGAGAUAAUCUAGUUUUAAACUGCUCCUCCGCAAAAUCCUUCCCACCCGCUAGAUUGUCCUGGUUCAUCAACGACCAAAUGGUGGAGAAAGGUGUAGAACAACUGAAGCCGAAGAGGGCAAAUGUUCCCCUAACCCAAUUGGGAAUGCAAUCCACCAUGUCCACCCUAAAUGUGUCGUUAGAGCCUUCACACUUUUCCGAGGAUGGGGAAGCCAAGGUCCGCUGUCUUGCUACAAUUUCAACACUUUUCUGGCAGGAUGGGGAUGAACGAAUUGUGGGUAGUUCAAGAAAAUUACCUGAUUUGCGAUCCAUCAAUCUUUCGCCUGUUUUCCAAGAUGAUCGGGAAGCUUCUUUACUUGUUCGUGGAGGUGUCUCAAAAUUGACGAUAUGUCCACUCCUCCAACUUUUGACUAUCAUCUGCAUCUGCACAACUUACCUGCUCUCAUAGCACCCAUAUCCAUGUUUGUAUGCCACAGAAAUAGCAAACUCUAUAAGUCAUCAUGAUAAAUCCUCAUACAUAAAUACCUACAUAUUCAGGUUAAAUCAAUAUAGAAAGCCAUAGGGUAUUAUCAAGUAAGUAAAUAUUAAUACUUUUAUGUAGUUCUUAUCUAACUGGUACUACAUAUACAUAUACAUACAUAAUGUGUCGAUAGAGUUAAUAUAGUUGUUGUAGAUUAUACUGUAGAAUUUAAAAAUAGUAGCAAGGUUGUUGGGCUGUAUACAAGAAAUGUGCAUGCAUGUAUGAUGUAUAAAGCACACAAAGUCACUGUUUAAACCCAACCUUGUUACAUAAAAUUAGAGCGUCGUGAAACAGAAGACGAGGGAAAGAACUACUUAGUCCUUAGUCCAACUUUUAGAGGUUAACUUAUUUGAACGAGAAGAGAAAGAAAUCCCAAAAAUUGAAAUGUUUUCAUUUUUCUCCAUCAUCAACUCACUUCCACCGAUUUUCUACCUAUCUACUUAUGUACUUCUCGGCUGCACUCACUUUAUACUUUACUCACUCAACUACCACCAACCAUUCCAUUAUGAAUUCAGCCUUUAAACUCUUAUGAAUUAUUGAUGAGCGGAGCAGAGCCAGAGAGAGAGGAGGGGAGUGGACGGUUAGAUGGAUAAACUGGUGAAAGCAAAAAAAAAGAGAGAAAGAGAAAUGAAAUAAAGACAUGGUUUUAUUGUUAGUUUCAAAAUGCCCCACUGGAUUUUUUUUUCAUUUCGCGAUAAAAUAUCAAUUAAACCUAAAAACCUACUUUUGAAAUUCUUUAAAUUGAAAUUGAAAUAAGUGUGUUAUCAGAAAAUGUGUCACUGUAAUUUGUGUUAUUUGAAUGCGUAUAUUAUGUAUAAUGUUUUAAGAAAAUUUAGUUAUUUACAACCUCACAUUUUUCACACAAAUAUGUAUGUAACUUUGCACAUUCAUAUUGUUGGAUAGCAAAAUAAUGUAUGUGAACGUUAUAAGGUCAGAUAAUAUUGCGUUAAAUGUUUAGAAUUCGCAAUUACGUGAUAAACAAUAUACUUAUGAAAUUGAGCUGAACGGAUUACAUAAAAUAAAUGAAUUUUCUGUUAAUUUA